AUGAAUGAAGUUUCAAUUGAACUUAAUUCACUAUAUUUUAAUAUUGGUGCUGAACAUCAACUGUCUGAUGAAACUAUUACUUCGUCAACAUCAUGUCCUGAAGAAUCACGUCAAAUCGAUCCGUCUUCCAAAACAAUUUCAACACCAUCAGACAAAUAUAUACGAUCAAAAUCAUUAGCUUUAAAUGUCAUCGCUCUACUGAUUACAGUAAUAAUUGUAUUGAUUAUCAUAAAAUUUACUGUUCUCGAUUCUCAUUCUACAACAAAUGACAACAAUACAUCAAAAACAAGUUUAUAUUCAAGCACAACAAUAUCAACAAUCUAUGAUGUUGGUCAAGGUGGUGCUAGUAGUGAUCCACCUUGUUCAUCAUACACAGUUGUCAACGAUCCAUUGCGCAAUAUAGCUACAUCUGGAAUAGGUGGUUCAUGUGAUGAUGGACCAUUAUUCAAUACAAGUAUUGGUGGUAGAUCGAUUCGAUUUAUGGGUACAGGAGGUACUAUAAUACCUCUCACAUCACCAGGAAUAUAUCAUUGUGGUGCUUUUCUAGCAGGAUGGUUUAAUGGAACACUACCAUCAACAAUAGGAACAGUAGUUAGGGCGAAUGUAUGUUUCGAUGGACCUAAAAUACCCUGUGUAUUCUCGUCUUCCGUUUCAGUUGUCAAUUGUAGCAAUUUUUAUGUUUAUUUUUUGCCACCUUUGACUACGUGUAAUGCACGUUAUUGUACAAUAUGA